UACCACCUCACAUCACUCCUUCAUUUCAAUUUACCCCUCACCCCGGACAACAAAAAAGUGAGGAUACGAACCACAAAGACUUCCCUGCCGGCGCCUCUCCCCCGCAUGAUGAUUCCAAGGAUCAUAUGUUGCAGUUAUAUCUGAUUCGCACGGCUGAUUUGGAGGUAUGUGCUACCCGCACCUCGGAGCUGGGAUGAGAAUCGAAUCAACCCAAGGGUGCGGAGAAGUAUUCGGCGUAAUUCCAGAUGGAUGAGCUGCCCUGCUGCAUGCAGCUGCUGGUUGUCCGAUGGUCGGUAAGACGAUGAGAAGCUCUAGAACUAGAGAACUUUUAUUUUUUUCUUUUAUCUUUUAAGAGUGGCAACUUCCCUCACCAUUUAUAAACAAAGUAGAUCCUUUUCCACGGUUCAGUCUUUCCAUCUGCCGUCACGCUAGUUGAAGUACAAGUUUCUGCCCUUGCUGCCUUCCCAAGCAACCCGUUACUGUUUGUGAUCUGGGCACGAGAUCAAAAUAAUCGCAUCUGGAAUUGGAAUCCAUAGGCUGCAUGCCUUUUUGCCUUUUGAAGUUCUCUAGCUCUUGACUUGUAUUUUUUUUCUCCGUCUAGGAUUGCCAUCAUCACCAGCACACGAUUUUAUAUAUCGACAGUUGAUUCUCUAGCAUAUAAUCAUAAAAGUCUUCUUGGCAUCUGAUACGAUUCGAUUAUCUGCGACACCGCCCAAAUCGGCCAGGUCUCGUUCCUCCCCGGAGGCUACACCACUAUAGAUAUAUCCCGGAACACCUUUCGAGAGUAUCAGUUCACCACCUACAAGACCGCUGCAACCUCUGCCGAUAUGCCAGCCCCCGGCGGUGAUUCUGGCGGGUAUGGCCUCGCGCUGGAGAGGCGUGAGGCCAUCAUGGGCGCCAGCGGACCCAGGGCCAUCCUCAAGAACUUCAAGGUUUUCAGGGUUGCCCUCUUCGCCUGCAUUGGAGGUAUAUUGUACGGGUACAAUCAGGGAAUGUUCUCUGGCGUGCUUGCCAUGCCUUCAUUUCAGAGACACAUGGGAGAAUGGGCGCCUUUGGACCCUGACGCGGAUCAGGCAAAGAAAGGUUGGCUUACUGCCAUUCUAGAGCUUGGCGCAUGGAUCGGAACCCUUCUAUCGAGUUUUCUUGCCGAGAUCCUGUCCCGCAAGUACGGAAUCCUGGUUGCUUGCGCAGUCUUCAUGAUUGGAGUUGUCAUUCAGGCCUGCGCCGUUACGAUCAAUGUCGAUCUAGCCCACAAUGCCAUCCUCGCGGGUCGCUUCAUCACCGGAAUGGGUGUAGGAUCCUUGGCGAUGAUUAUCCCUAUUUACAACUCGGAAGUUGCUCCUCCUGAAGUCCGUGGCGCUCUAGUGGCUUUGCAGCAGCUGUCCAUUUGCUUUGGCAUUAUGAUUAGCUUUUGGAUUGACUACGGAACAAACUUCAUUGGUGGCACGACCGUCGAGACACAGCUAGAUGCGGCAUGGCUGACACCGACGACUCUACAACUUUUCCCUGCACUGGUACUCUUCAUUGGCAUGAUAUUCAUGCCUUUCAGUCCUCGUUGGCUCAUCCACCAUAAUCGCGAGGAGGAUGGAAUCCGAGUUCUGGCAAACCUUCGUGGGCUUCCCUCAGACAAUGAGCUGAUUCAACUGGAGUUCCUUGAGAUCAAGGCGCAGUCAUUGUUCGAAAAACGAAGCGUCGCCGAGCAGUUCCCUGAGCUUUCAAACCCGACAGUGUGGAACACGUUCAAGCUUCAGUUUGUCGCGAUUGGCAGACUCUUCAAAACACGAUCGAUGUGGAAGCGUAUAAUUGUUGCAACAGUCACUAUGUUCUUCCAGCAGUGGACAGGCAUCAACGCAGUCCUCUACUACGCGCCAAGUAUUUUCAAGCAACUAGGUCUCAGCAGCAACGAAGUCUCUUUGCUGGCCACUGGUGUCGUUGGCGUAGUCAUGUUCAUCGCAACCAUCCCAGCAGUUCUUUGGAUCGACAGGGCUGGAAGAAAGCCAGUCCUCACGAUUGGUGCCCUUGGAAUGUCCUUCUGUCAUUUCGUCAUUGCCAUCAUCUUGGCCAAGAACAUCGACAGAUUUGAUUCUCAGAAGGCUGCCGGUUGGGCUGCAUGCGCCAUGGUCUGGCUCUUUGUGAUUCACUUUGGUUACUCUUGGGGCCCAUGCGCCUGGAUCAUUAUCGCCGAGAUUUGGCCCAUGAGCGUCCGACCCUACGGUGUUGCUCUUGGUGCUUCCAGCAACUGGAUGAACAACUUCAUCGUCGGCCAAGUCACUCCAAUAAUGUUGCAGAAGAUUACAUACGGCACAUAUUUGCUUUUCGCCAUUUUGACGCUUAUGGGCGCCGGGUUCAUCUGGUUUUUCGUACCUGAGACAAAGAGGCUGACCCUGGAAGAGAUGGACCUUGUUUUUGGCUCAAGCGGAACGACUCAGGCAGAUCUUGAGCGCCAGAGGGAAAUAAACAUCGAGAUUGGUCUUGAUCGGGCUGCUGGGGCUCUAGGUACUUCCGAGAGGCCUCACAGUUUGAGUGAUGAGAAGGAAAAGCCGAACACCGACACUGUGGUCUGAAGGAUAUUUCAAAAUGGGAAAUGUUCUCUUAGUCUAUGCUAUUUCUUGUCUGGCAGACUGCACGAGUUACUGCAUCUAGUUUGGUUUGACUAGUCCCAUCGAACCCAAAAACUUGAUGAUUAUUGUUUUCUCUUCAAAAUAUUAGACCACUGUUUUUGUGGUACUUCCAUGCUACUGUUUACCCUUGUUACACCUACCAAUACCCCUUAUUCUCUUCUCUCGAAUUCUUGAUUACUUUCUUGUCUCCCGUUAUUCACGAUUACUUUGGCGACCGCUCCAUGGCCUUUUCACCUUUUGGGCCAAAAAAGAACUGUUAGAUGCAUUGGUAACUUGGGACAAUAUCACAAGUUCUGGUCUUUCUUUUUAGCUUUUGAUGAUGCUGAAUAUGUUCAAUAGG